AUGACCUUCAAGCAGCGGCCCUUACACAAUAUCCUGAUAGUGUUAUCAGUGAUAUGUUUCGUUUGGGUCACCUUGAAAUCCUACCAAAUCUUCUCUCAUCCAGAGCCAGACUACCCACCCAGCAACAAGCUGCAGCGAAUCGCCAAAGUAUCCAUGCUCUAUGGAGAAACGAACCAUAUGUACGAGAGAGCAUUGCAGAGCCAUGCACGCCACGGAAAAAGAUGGGGAUACCCUAUGCAUGUCCUGCGAGAGGAUAUUUCAGUUGGAUUUUGGAAUAAACCGAGUUAUCUCAUAUCCUUGGUGAUCAACGAGCUGGCCAAGCCAGCGGGCGAGAGGAUGGAAUGGUUGAUGUGGGUGGAUGCAGAUUCUAUAAUCUUGAACAACGAUAUUCCCGUGGAAGUCUUUCUUCCCCCGUCCGAUCUCAAAGAUAUCCACUUGGUGGCAGCCCAGGACCAAAACGGCCUCAACACAGGAAUAAUGUUCCUGCAUGUCCACCCGUGGACGAUUAGCUUUCUUACCGAGACCAUGGGAUACCCAUUAUAUCUCCCCAGCAUUGACCUUGGUCGAUCCGCCGACCAAGAAGGCAUGAGGCGGGUUCUUAACAAGACAACUGGGGGACCAAACGGACGGGGAUAUGCUGAUGGAGUCGCUUAUCUGCCCAGACCAUGGAUCAAUACCUAUGAAUGGGACUGGGCGUAUGAAGGCAAGAAAGGAGAUUUGCUUGUCCAUUUCCCUGGUCUGGAGGAGCGGCGGUGGCCGCACAUGGCCAAGUGGUUGGAUAUUGUUGAGAUGACGCCUCAUGAGUGGGACAUGCCACUUGCAGAGACUGGCUAUCCAAACAGAACUGCCGCGUAUUGGUCGCAAUUGCGGAAUGCGAAAGAGGGUAUCAAGUUGGCUGAGAAGAAAAUGCAGUCUGGGGAAACUGUAUCUGAAGAUACAAAGGUGGCAGUCAAUGCUCUCAAACACGCAUUGCGGGAGGAGUCAGAUAAUAUGGAUCUGAUUCAAGAGCGACUGCAAGGUCUUAAUGUUUUGGUGGGUAGGAUAUAG